AUGAUGAGACUCCAAAGUUUACGACGUAUUUUGAAUCAUCGUACCACUUGUUUGUUUAAUCACUAUGUGAACACUGUACAGUCAUCAUUGGCAUUCUAUCAUACUCAAUUAUUUGCAAGAUCCAUGUCAUCAAAGAAAAAGAAUUUUGGAGAAAAUGUUGAUACCGAUUUGAUCUCGGAACAUGUAUUGAAAAUGUCGGAAGAAGAAGAACGAUUAACCGAAGAAAUGAAAAAAGAUGUUAUUUGGAAUGCUUUCGUUGCAGAAUCUGAAGGAUAUGAAGAAAUGGUUUGGGUAGAUGCUAAAAGACGUGGAAAAGAAUUAACAGGAGAUGAUAUUCAAGCCAUCAAAGCAAAAAUCAGAGAACAUAAAAAAGAAAUGUUUGAACGAUAUAAACGAAUGAGAAAAGUGUAUCAUGAUGAAUCCAUUCCGGAAUCAUCCAAAAAACAUAUAUACGAAGAUAUUGCAAGAGCUUUUAAAGAAAAUGCUCAUUUUGUGGAUACUCCUGAAUUUGCAACGAUUCAAAGAGAAUUUGAAAAACGAGCUGGGUAUAAAAUUCCAGAAAACAUUCAAGAUGAAUAUUCUCCAGAACAAAUUGAAAAAUUUAUGCAAAUGUUGGAUGGAGAAGAAGGCAAACAAUUAGAGGAAUACAUGAAUACAGUAUUAUCAGAUGAGGCAUUUGCAAAAAUGGGCAUUAAUGCUCAAGAGUAUAAUCCAUUUUUACAUCCUGAAAAAUCAUUAAUGUUUCAUGAUUCUGAUGAAAUUAAGAUCAAUCCGCCUCGAGAUGAAACCACUCCAGCAAAACCUAAAAUUCCUCCAAGAUAUCUUUCUCGAGAAGAAUUUGACACAUUUAAGCAUGCCAUGGUAAAAGAUCUCCAAAAAAAUUCUCCUGGAAUGGAACAAUUCUUUGCAAACGAAACGGGAGAGUCAUUGAUGCAAAUGUUGGAGAAUUUUUACGAGGAGGUGAAGGACCAAGAUUUGAGCAACUUGUCUGACUUUUUGGAGCAAGCCAAAAAACGAAAUACAGGCAAAUAA